AUGUCCACCCACAUCUGUAAGCUUCGAUCUCAUGAUGAUUCUCAAAUUACUGCUAACCUCUUCGUGGAUGAGCGACUGGGUCUCACCAUAGCACCUGGCCAGGUCCGGUUGCAACCCCUCCCAGGUGACGGUUACUCUUGGUCAGCCACGGGCACGAGUGCCGCACUCUUGAAAAAAAGUCUCAGUAGCGGCAACAUUUGGUUCUAUCAAUCCAUCUGUGAGGAGUUGGGGCGCUCUCUGGAAGCGGUGCCUGUGCAGGUCUUGAAGGGCACGGCAAAGGACAAAGCGAAUGAGGCAUGCCCAGAUUCUUCCAGAGUGAUCGCAGGACCAUGUUCGAGUUCUUUUACAGAAACGAUUUUGCGGCUUGAAAUUGCAAUUUCCAAGCUGAAAGAAGAGUUGAGCUGCGCUCAUGAACAUCUGAACCAGUCACAGGCCGAAAAUAACCGACUAGAACAAGCCCUCUCUCACACUCGCAACGAGCUAGAAAAUUCGACAUUCGAAAACAGCAAUUUGAGGAACGAGCUAUUGAGUUCACAAGUCAGAAUUGCUAAGGCAAUUCAAGUCUUGGAAGUAACAGCGGGGAAGACAGCAACCGAAAGUCCAGAGGAUCUGCAGAUGGAAGACUGA